AAUCUGAAAUCAAUUUGAUUAGUUAAAUUUCCUAGACUGCCAUUUUUGAAACGUAUUUUGGAAUGGUUAGGCUGAUUUUUUAAUUUUUUUUUAAUUUCUUGGUUUUUUUUUUCUUUUUUUUUAAUUAAUUCCAAAUUGAUUUAUCUGAAAAUGUACACCAAAUUGUUGAUCCUUAUAAUUCAACUAUUCAUGCAAUAUGUUGGUAGAUCGUUCAGCGAGAAGGCUGGAGAUGGGCAGUUCCCUUCAUUGGUUGCCAUUGCUGAUCCCCAUAAACAUUUCAUAGCAUCCGGUUGUUUGAUAACCCUGGAACAUAUAAUAUCUGCUGCAAAACCUUUCAUAGGUGGGAAAACUCUAAUGGUUUUGGCAGGGAGUGUUUCGUUAGAAGAAACCGCUAAAAACAAGACCCAAUAUAGAUGGAUUGUCCAAUCGUCGAUCCAUCCUGAGUAUUCACGAACCCAGAGCAGUUUUCAUGAUGUGGCACUUUCUAGGCUGAGCAAACCCUUCGACAUAUCGCAGACAAUUCACCCAAUCAAAGAGCAUUCCAGCUUCCGAAGAGGACCCAAAAAAUGUUUUAGUGUUGGUUGGGAGAUUCGUCUGUAUAAAAACUUUGAAUCUGAGUCAAAUACUAGUACGGAAAUCAAGUCCUUCGUUGGGGUCGUCGAACUCGCCGAAUCUACCAGCGCUUCGCCGGAAUAUUCAGACGAUUUGCAAUACCAACAAUUACAAGUCCUUUCUCAAAAGGAAUGCCACGGGAAUCAAACGUUUUCAACUAUUUGUGCGCUGAGAAAUUCGACUGAAUCGAACCCACCUCAAUUAGGAAUAUUCCUGAUAUGUUCAAAGAAACUACGGGGCAUGUUAUCAGCACGGACGCACAGAAACUCCACUAUCACUUUAUUUGAGAACAUAGGAAAAUUUAGUUCUUGGAUCAACAGGGAGUUAUCCUUAUCUAAGAUAACUUUGCAAAAUUAUAGGAAAAGCUUAUCCAGUAAGCAAACCUUAGCAAACAUUUGGAUUUUAAGCAUCGAAGUAUUCAAGGCUCUGUUCUAUUUUAUAAAAUUUUAAUUUUAUAACAGUUACUUUAAUCUAUAAUGUGAACAUGAUAUCAUGGGAGUCGUCCUCUUCUUUUGGUUAUUCAUGGCUUAGUGAUAAUCUCAUGAGAAGGGG